AUGGAAGGAGCGCGUGAUAAUAUCAACCGUGUUCGUAGCCAAAAGAAAAGGUUUGCAGUUGUUGGUUUCUCUUCCAUUCUCCUUAUCGCCGUGAUCGGAUCUGUCGCGGUCGGUAUAACGCGCAGCGGCUUAAGAGAACCAGGGGAACAAAAUGGAAAAAUAUUUACAACACAAAGGGAAGUUGACAGGCUAUGUCUAAAAAACCCAGAAUGUCAUACGAGAGUAGGAAGAGUGUUUAGCGGAACAAGUAACACAAAAGAUGGUAUAAAAAAAGUGUUCAUUGCAGCAGCCGGGGAGUUAUCGAAACACACAAACAAUCCAUCUCUUUUUACUGAAUUGGUAAAAGACAACAUGACGAGACAAGCGAUGCGAAUUUGCCACGAAGUAUUGGAUAAUGCUGUUGAUGGAGUUAAUAAAUCUGUUGGGGAAUUAGACAGAUUUGAUUUCAAUAGGUUGAAUGACUUUAUUUUCGAUCUUCAAGUUUGGAUGACUGCUACACUUACAGAUCAACAAACUUGUUUGGAUAGUUUAGAGAAAGCAGACACAAAAGCUAGUCAGAGAAUGGCUCAGGUUAUGAGCACUUCUAUGAAAUUAAGCAAUGAUGCUAUUGACAUGCUUGAUUCACUUUCUGGAUUGCAUAAGAAUUUUGGCCGAACAAUGAGUGGUUUUAAUAGAAGGACUUUAUCCGAUGAAUCAACGAGGCGUGUUAAUAGUUUUCCAACAUGGGUUAGCGAGGGACAAAGACGUCUUCUCGCUGAUCCGAGUGUUAAGCCAGAUGCUAUUGUGGCGCAAGAUGGUAGUGGACAGUUUAAAACGGUCGCUGAAGCUCUUAAGACUGUUCCCGCGAAUAAUGCAAAACCUUUUGUCAUUUAUGUUAAGGCCGGUGUUUAUAAAGAGGUUGUUAAUAUUCCUCUAAAGAUGGAUUAUGUGACAAUCCUAGGUGAUGGUCCUACAAAAACCAAAUUCACAGGUAGCCUCAACUUUGUUGAUGGCGUCCUAACUUAUGAUAGUGCAACAGUUGGUGUGAAUGGUGCAAACUUUGUGGCGAAGGAUAUAGGCAUUGAAAACACAGCAGGACCGAGUAAACAGCAAGCAGUAGCACUAAGAGUUUCAGGAGACAUGGCAGUAUUCUACAACUGUCAAAUAGAUGGUUACCAAGACACACUCUUCGCCCAAUCCCUACGCCAAUACUUUCGCGAUUGUAUCAUCUCGGGUACAAUCGACUUUAUAUUCGGCGACCCCUUCGGAGUUUUCCAAAACUGCAAAAUUAUAGUUAGAAAACCAUUAACAGGCCAAUCAAAUUUAGUAACAGCUGGUGGAAGACUCACAUCAAGCAGCGCAGGUGCACUUGUUUUCCUAAGUUGCCACUUUUCAGGUGAACCAGAAUUAGCAUCGAUGUCACCGAAAAUAUCUUACCUAGGAAGACCAUGGAAAGCAUAUUCCAGAGUUGUGAUAAUGGAUUCAGUCAUAGAUGACAUCUUUCUCCCCCAAGGUUACGAAGCAUGGAUGGGAGUUGAUUUUACCGACACAUCUACUUUUUAUGAGUAUAACAAUAAAGGUCCUGGCGCUGACACGAAAGCAAGAGUGAAAUGGCCUAAUGUUAAAACUAUAACUGCUAAUGAGGCUGCUGCUUUUUACCCUGGUAAAUUUCUUCAGGUUUCUGGUUCACCUUGGAUGACGAGUUCUGGGGUACCUUGUUCCCUUGGUCCUAUGAGCGGUGGUUCUGCUGGUUCUGCGUCUUCGUCUUCUCCAGUUAUUGCGUCUGCACCUUCUCAGUCUUCUUCAUCUUCUCCAGUUACUGCGUCUGCACCUUCUCAGUCUUCUUCAUCUUCUCCAGUUACUGCGUCUGCACCUUCUCAGUCUUCUUCGCCUCCUUCGUCUUCUCCAGUUAAUGCGUCUACGCCUUCUAAGUCUUCUCCACCUUCCGAGGAGUCUAAGUCUUCUGAAGAAUCUAAGUCUUCUUCGUCUUCUGAGGAAUCUAAGUCUUCUGAGAAGUCCGAGGAGUCUUGA